CAACCGACAACGUUGUCGUCGUGGCAUCAGUGACGAGCUUGGUUUUGUCAGGAAAACACAACUUUAAACUUGCUAAUGCAUCCACCUGUCAAGCGAUCAAGCUUCUUAGGUCAAAUUAGCGGGUCUGACAACCAAACGAAAGAAUCUGGAAAGAGAAAUUUAAAACUGAAAUGGGGACGAUAGUCAUGGCAUUGGGUGCGAUAUUUGAUGCCAUGAAGCUUCACAAAGCGUUGCAGCUAUGCGCUGCUUACUGUUGCGCUUUGUUUGUUGGUGUCAGCUCGUACUCCAUCAACAUAAACACAACGGAAACAAAUUCAAACACGACUCUGACAUUUUCAAAUCCUAUAUUGAACAGCAUCGGCGCGGAUCCGUGGGUGAUACAGAGCAAUGGGUACUACUACAUGACAUACACCACGAACGACAACAUUACGUUACUACGAAGCAAAGUUCUCACAGAUUGGAACAAUGCCGAAAGUCGUUUGCUGUUUGACCCGCCCUUGGGACAGGCCUACUCGAAAGAUCUCUGGGCGCCCGAGCUACAUCAAAUUGGCGAUUCGUGGUACGUGAUAUUCACGGCCGAUUCUACCGGCGACUCGCCGCCUCCUGAUGUGGACAUGCUUUGCCCAUUCAAUUGCCCUGCUGUCUAUCACCGCAUGUUUGUGCUCGAGGGACAGGGCGAGGAUCCAUGGACAAUCGACUUCGCGUACAAAGGUGAACUCGACACGUUUGACCAAUUCGCGAUUGAUGGCACAUACUUUCAGCACGAAACAGGAUUGUACCACAUCUAUUCGUGCUGGGACGACAAGUACUCUUCAUGGCCCGCGAACUUGUGCAUAACCAAGAUGUCGAAUCCGUAUACGGUCAGCUCAAGCUUGUCUGAGCGACAAGUGAUAUCUCGGCCAACACUGCCGUGGGAAAAGACACCGUACGGACGAACGGUCAACGAUCGACUGUCCACGAACGAAGGCCCGGAACAGCUAGUCAACCCAAAGACUGGUCAGAACUUCGUAAUCUAUAGUGGCGGUCGAUCAGAUAACAGAAACUAUUGCUUGGGGCAGUUGGAGCUCGUGGGGAAAGAUCCUAUGGAUCCUGCUUCAUGGAAGAAGCAUGAGGAAGGGCCGGUGUUCUAUCAAAAUCCUGACGAGCAGGUCUACGGCACGGGGCAUGCGAGCUUCACGAAAUCUCCAGACGGAAGUGAAGAUUGGAUUGUUUACCACGGCAUGCAUGAUCCUUCUACAGGAUGGCAAGCGCGGACGAUACGCACUCAAAAGUUUACCUGGGGCGCGGACGGCGCACCAAUAUUCCCAAGACCAGCGAUAGGUCCGUUUCCUGUUCCAAGUGGUCAGACAUAAAAGCAGGGCCACUAAGCGAGGAAACAAGAGUCUUAAAAUAUCAUAAGCCAUAUUGAUUAGGAAAA